AUGGCGUAUAGGGUGGUCUCCUCUCUAGCCGAGUUCCACCGCAAUCACCGACUCGUUGAAUCUCUGGUGCUCGACCAGCAUACACAUGAGAUCGCCGCCCUCGUCCGUUUCCCCGGCGAUCUUUCUGGUCAUGGUGAAUACACUGCGCACCCAGCGAUUAUCGAUGCCUUUACGCAGCCAGCUGGGUUCUGUCUGAACCUUGACGACGCGAUCGAUCUAGAGCACACCGUUUACAUCAACCACGGCUGGGAGGAUAUGCUCCUGUUCGAGGCAAUCGACAUGGGCCUUGAAUACACAGUGUAUGUGCGCAUGCAACAAGUGGGCCGGACACGGAAGUGGACGGGUGACAUCAUUGUUCUUCGCGAGGACAACAUCGUGGCGGCUUUCCUACAAUAUUCCGUGAACGCUUUCCCCCGGCGCGUGUUCAGCAAUAUGCUGAGCCAAGAAACCAAAAUAGCUGAGCAGAUGACCACAACGUCUUCAAGGGUGCUGCAAACAGCCGUGCCGUGUAACGCCGAAGCCGCCGAAGACGCUCAGAAUACAGACAAAGCCCGCGGAUGGGGCGGGCCAGGGGAUCUUUCCCCCAAGCCCGGUGUCACCAGAUGA